AUGUCUGCCACUGACACCUACUACACUCAUCUGGCCAUUUAUCUUUGUUAUGUGUUUUCAGCUUUGCAGCUAGCCUCUUCUGGCCUUGAAAAUCUCCACGAUAAUCUCAUUGAUUAUAAUGAACUCAAGGAUUCAUUGACCCAACAGGGUCUUUAUGGAGCGUGUGAAGUACUUGAGCAAAUAUUACCAGAGGUUACCAAUGAACAAGGUCAGGUAGAUUUACCUAAAUUCAUGGGCGUCUUAUCCAAAGUGAUGCAGAUUCCUGAAGCUGCUGGAGUUAAAGAGUCUCUUAGUCAAAUCAACAUUCCCAAAAGUGAUGAAAACAUCAUCCCUGAGCUUCAGGAAAAGCUGAAUGUCAUGGGAAUCCAUUUAAGUGAUGAAAAAAUACAGGAAGCAUUGGAUGCCACCAAUGUCAGUGAGGAUGGAACAAUUGAUUUAAAGGACUUUGUCAAUAAUUUGGCUACGGUGAAAAAAUUUCGUGAAUACCAAAAGAUAGAGGAUGCAUGGGAUUUGGUCAACAAAAUGAGUGAUGGGAAAGUCAAGGUUGAUGAUGUGUCUGGUACUUUGGAGAGCUUGGGGAUGAAGUUACCUGAUGAAGACCUUCUAGACGUUCUAAAAUUGAUUCAACCUGAUGAUGAUGGAUUAGUAAAAAUAAAGGAUGUUGUCGAGACAUUAGCUAAGACUCCACAAGUUACUAGGCCUCAUGGAUUAAAAAAUGCAUGGACUGUCGUCAACAGUGUCACUGAUGGGAAGAUCAAGAUGUCUGAUCUGUCCCCAGCCCUGGAGAGCUGGGGAUUUGAGUUAACUGAUGAAAAGCUUAAAGAGACAGUGAAAUCUAUGGAGUCUGUUGAACCGGAAAGUGUGAAUUUACAAGAUCUUAUCAAGAAAUACACUAAGGCCAAGAAAUUGAGUAAGAACCAAAAAUUACAAGAUGCCUGGACUGUUGUCAACGCUGUCUCAGAUGGUAAAGUAAAGCCUUCUGAUCUGAGAUCUAUACUAGAAAGCAUUGGUUUGGAUUUAAAUCCAGAAGAAAUUAAAGAAAUACUGAAAUAUGUGCACAUUGAUGAGAAUGGAACAAUAAAUUUAAAUGAUGUUAUCAAUAAAUUGACAUACUUGCAGAAAUGGAAUGACAGCCAAAGGAUACGACAUGCAUAUAUUAUUGUCACUAAUGUCAAGGAUGGGAAAGUCAAGAUGAUGAUCUGCCAUCUACCUUGGAGAACUUGGGAUUCGAUUUAGAUGAAGAUGAUAUUAAAGAAGUGCUGAAAUCUGCUACACCAGAUGAAGCUGGGGAAGUAAAUUUAAAGGACCUCAUCAAGAAAUUGACCAGUGCCAAAAAAUUGAAUAAGAC